UUCGUGGGCUAUAAGUUGUAGAGUUGAGUUGGGUGUUCCAUUUUGGGCGUAAAGGCACGCCAAUUGCCUAAGAAUAAGAUGAGAGAGUACAGAAGUAUUGUGCAGUGAUGAUCGAUGUAGAGAUAGAGAAGGCAAAAAAAUAUGAAAUGGGAAAGAGAACAAAAAACAGAGUGAAAGAUUCAACAAAAUCACACACACUUCCAUCAUCACCAUCACAUUCAUUCUCAUCUUCUUCCUCUUCAGAUUUCGAAUUCACAAUCUCAAUUUCACCUCGCAAAUCUUCCACAACACUCUGUCCAGCCGAUGAUCUCUUCUACAAAGGCCAACUCUUACCUCUCCAUCUCUCCCCUCGUAUUUCCAUGGUCCGCACUCUCCUCCUCUCUUCCUCCUCCACCUCCUCCGUCACUUCCUCCUCCACCGCACCACGUGAUUCCACCGGUAGCAGCGAUUCCAACUCUUCCUUCAACAAUGACUCGUCUGAUUCCUCUCGUCCAAGCUCUGUUACCGAAGACGACGAAUUGAAACGCCUUCACACUCACACUCACAACAAUAGAUCCAAUUCUCACUUCAAAAAAUCGAACAAGUACUUCUCGUUGUCAAGAUUCUCUUCUGUUUUCCGUAAAGAAUCCGUUGCUAAAACACGCGAAGUUGAAACCGUUGCUAGUAUUAGUAGUAAUAAUAAUACUAAUAGUAAUUAUUCGGUGAAGCGAAUGAGUAACACUGCUAAAGAUGUUAUAAGGAAAUAUUUCAAAAAAGUGAAACCGUUGUAUGAGAAACUUUCUCAAAAACAACAACACGCAGUAGAGGGGGGUGCAAAUAGUACAAAUGCGAAUUUAACGACGACGGUUUCUAUUUCAAUGUCUCUGUUAGCUACGAAAACAGAGAGAUCCGGGAAGAAAGAGAACAACAGCGUUGGUAUGCUUUCUCAUUCGUUUUCGGGGAAUUUGAGGUAUCCAAGGAAGAGAAGCUGUGUUUCUAGUUGUCCUUCUUCGAUGAGAUCUUCACCGAGUCAUUCUGGUGUUCUUUCGCAAAAAGGGGUUCUUCGUGGUGCUGCUUAUGGAAUUGGAGAUAGAGACACUUCGUCCAUGGAAGAGUUGCAGAGUGCAAUCCAAGGUGCUAUUACUCAUUGCAAAAACUCUUUGAUUCAGAAUAAUUAAAACAAGGGUUAGUUACGAAAUUAAUUAAUCUCAUCCUAAUCAUCACCCAAAACCAUAUAGUAGAGAGGUUGUAAUUUGUUUAAUUGAUGCUUAAUUAAUGUUUAGCAUAAUUGCAUUUAGUAGUUUCUUGUUCUAGUAUUUAACUUGUAUUUGAUGUUACCAAUCUCACGUUGAAAAGAUAAAAAUGUUCAAUUAGGCUUAAGUCAUCAUUAACCAAUAAUCAUAUUAAAAAAUAUAA